AUGUCGAUCAUUUGUCAGCACUUGAAAGCCUUAAAAUACAAUGGUGAAUCUGCAGGACUAUGUUGUGCUGGCGGUAAGGUGAAGUUGCCACAAUUGGUACCACCACCUGAUCCAUUACACUCACAAAUUUUUGGAAUGACCAAUGACUUUAAACACUUCUUAUCCAACAUCCAGAAAUAUAAUAAUUGCUUCCAAAUGACAUCUUUCGGAGCAACGCAUAUAGUACAGAACAAUUUCAUGCCGACGUUCAAGGUGCAAGGACAAAUUCAUCACCUAUUGGGGGCACUGCUGCCAUUACCAGAUGCAGAUCAUCAAUUUCUACAAAUUUAUUUCCUAGGCAAUCAGGGCGCUGAAGUUGAUACGCGUUGUACUCCUAAUGCAUCAGUAAAGCCAAGUCCAACAACUGCAAACGUUUCUUCAUCGCAACAAUCGUUUAGUGAAUUUAUUCAAAGUGGCACUUAA